UGAACAGAGGUCCUUCAAGUCCGGCGCUUGUUUUGGAUCCCUUCCUCGCUGAGCUGACUGACAGCUGCUAAUCCCGGUGUGGCGCUCCAAUGUGGGUGUCUUGACAUGGGUUUGAGGCCUCAUUGCAACCAUACAUAGAUUGCAUUGAGAUCCGGGGAUGUCUCGUCCUGCUCCGUCCCCCAUCUACACCCUAAGGGGGGCUGGCGGGCCCCUCAACACUCUCCACUUCAGCUGCCAUGGAAGGGACACUCCCCUCCUAUUUUCUGGGUCAGGGAAGGGUGCCAUCCAUAUGUGGAACCUGAACAGCAGGCGGGCUCAGAAGAUUGUAGAAGGUCAUUCCGGUAGCUCAGUCAUCUGGGUCAGCACACUGCAGGCAACUGACACCCUCAUCAGUCAGGGACGGGACAUGCAAGUCUGCCUGUGGGAUCUGAGUGAGGGGCGGAGUGCACUGAUGGACUCUGUGUGGACCGGCAGCGUUGGAUUCUGCCAGCCCUCCAUGCUGGAGACGAGCCCUGGGACGCGUCUGCUGGCCUUUGCUGGACAGCAGACAGAAGAGAUCAAGAUUAUUGAGCUACCCAGUAAGAACCCAGUCUGCACCCUGGCACCAGACGCUAAGCUGGGGAUGGUCAUGUGUAUUAAACUGUGGCAGCCAGACUCGGGUCCCGGACCUCUCCUGCUGGCUGGAUACGAGGACGGUUCCCUGUUACUGUGGGACGUAACCCAGAGGUCCAAGCUGAGCCAAGCCAAAGCCCACCCUGAGCCCGUCAUGUGUCUGACCUUUGACACCAACUGUUUGAGGGGCAUAUCUGGCUCUUCUGAGAAGAAACUCUCCCCCUGGAUGCUGGACAGACAAAACAACCUGCAGCUCCAGGAGUGUGUGACGCUGGUCAACCCUGGAGUUUCCCAGCUGUGCAUCAGGGGGGACGGCAAGCUUCUGGCAUCAGCGGGCUGGGACCAUCGAGUGCGGGUGUUCGGGUGGAAGAAGCUGCGCCCACUGGCAGUGCUUCAGUACCACACUGACAUGGUGCUAAGUGUGGCCUUCUCUGACCACCAGGACCCCAGGCAAAGACUGCUGGCUGCUGGAUCCAAGGACCAGCGGAUCAGCCUUUGGUCAAUAUACAACGAGGGAGGGGACACGAGCUGAGCCUCUGAAUCUGGGAGGAUAUUUGGACUUUGCAUCAAUAUUUUCUAUUGAAGUGACAUUGACCAGCAGCCAAUAAGUCAGCAAUAGUCCAGUGUAAAGGUUUGAUAAUUGGAUGACCAGACUACAUAUAUUAUUUUUAGCCAUACUUGUCUCUUUAAUUUUGAGCUCCUGCGUUGAUGUCGUCCUCUAGCGCCAAGUGUUAUUGGCGGGUGGAAGCAAAGUCCGUAAAUAACAAUGGCUAAUUCGUUGUUUUGUCAUGAAUCGUGUCAUUACAUGCGGCUGGUUUCCGCCUUUUGACUAGAGGUGUUGAAAUGAAUCACUGCAUCAUCGAUGCAUCGUGAUGUCGACCUGGACAGUUCUGCAUCGAUGCAGUCACAGAGAAUAAUCGAUUACAGCCUGCUGAUGUACUUGUUUUACGUUUGCUGCUUUUUUGUUUUUGUCUUUGUGCUGUGUUCGGACUGCGCUAUGUACAGGAAGCGUUUUUUUUUAAGAGUCGAUACAAUAAAAAGCGGAGUUC